AUGAACAAAGUCUUCACGCGAAGCUACCAGCCCGUCCCCAAGAGCGAGCAAGAUGACGACAUGGUAGUAGACAGCGAUACAACAAUCACCGGCGGUCCGCGUUGUCGGUUCACACCCGGAUUACUCAAACGCAACUUGUCCGCCAUCACCAUCACCGGGCUGAUCCUCGUUCUCCUCCUCACGGUCAUGGCCCUAAUCGCCGUCGUCACAAUCGAGCCUUUCCGAGAAGCCCUCAUUCUAAAAGCCUCUCCCGUCUCAAAGGGCAAUCGAGGCCAGCGACAAUGUCUCCAAACAGCCCCGCGGACAACCCUCUCCUGCGGGAACUCCACUGCCGAAGCCGAAUCCAUGGGCUGUAUCUACGACCCGCUAGCCGCAUGCUGGAUGCACCGCGAGUGCCCACACGAUUACUCACACGAGUUUUCGACUUUCAACGACGGCAAGCCCUUCGUGUAUUACUACGAUGAGGCAGCGAAGCACCGGAUGAAGGACUAUAAUGAAGUGGGACACAAUGAGAAUGGAUUUUACUGGACGUCUGUGCGUGAACACCUCGUACACUGCCUGUAUCUGCUGAGACGGGGACACGAUGUGCACAUGCGUGGAGACCGGCUCGAUACCAUGCUUGGUGAUAUUGACCAUGUGGAUCACUGUACAAACUUUCUGGCUGACUGGUUACGACGGCCAGAUCCGGCGUUGGAGCAUCUCGGGACGCAGGGCAAGACGAAUUGUUUCAUGUCUUGCAGCUAA